AGUGCAGGUUUGCUGUGCGUGCUGAGUCCCAUUUCUAAUGAAAGUAGACUUUGUUCUCAGGAGGCAGCUAAUCGUGCCCCAUGGGCUGUAAUCAGGGAGAAGGUAUUUAACACAGGGCAGGCGGCAACAGGCGGCCGCACUGACUGGCAGAUUGCAACAUGGCAAUUAGGAAGCUAUCCACCCCCCUUUCCACCCCAGCAGAGCCAGGCUGAGUCUAUCUGAACUGAGUUGAGUGAGUGAAGAAUGAAUGCUAUGCAGAGGAGGAAGGGGGAGGCGGGGCUAGGCAGGGCUAGGCGGGGCGGGGUAUGAGGAGAGCAGCUUUCCCUUCCCACUGCUGCCGUGGGUGUCUCCCUCAGCAGUGCCAGAGGAGCCCCAGACCACACUGGGUCAGCCAGAGGUUUUAACCUAGGCCUCAGCCUUUCUCCUGGUGCACAGCUGUUCUUGUAGUGCAAACCCAGCCCAUGACCUGGUAGCCCUACGUCCUGAGUCCUCUGUCCCCACUUCUUUGAAGCUCAGGUGGUUUGGGGUGAGGGUUGGGAGUGGGAUUCUUCUCGGUCAGUUUCUAGACUUUCCAAAAGACCAUUUUCUUGGAGGUGCCCUGGAACCAGGCCAGCAGCCAGAGGCCAAGAGACCCCAAAGGCUGCUUGCUUGCUUAUGGUGGCCCAUAUCUCAUUCCGAAUUAUCUGGCUACUUUCCCUGGGGACUUCCUCUUCUUGACGUGGGAUUGGGAAAUCCUGUUUGGGCUGAAACACUCCAAGGCAAGAUGGGAAUCUUUGGGUGAAGGAGAUGUGACCACUGGAGGCCGAGACCGGUAGCUGGGUCUUCCUGGCGGGACUGCCCUGCUAUCUUGCAGCCCACCUUUUAUCUUCCCCUGGCUGUGAGCCUGGUGUCCAGCUGCUUCUUGCUUUGUUCUCCAGUGCACCUGGUGUUGCUCUCACUCUAGGGUCUGUCCUUCCCUGCCACACUCCAGUCAAGGACAGUGGCCUGUCAGCCCUGUUGCGUUCCUGUUCAGUGAUGGAAUCGUCCCACCCCCACCCCUACCCCCUGCUGCUGUGGGCCCCAACACGUACUGGUAUUUAUGGACAUGGGGCAGGGAGUGAGACAGACUCUCCUUCGUGGGCUUGUGUUUGGGACACCGCAGGCUCCCUAGCAGACUGUUUCCCUGGUGGGCAUUGCCUUCUGCUUCCCCAGUUGGGAGUGGCUCCCUUUCUUGUGUCUCUGCUGUGUAUGGAGAGAGCAGGCUCUGGCCGGGAGAGAGAACUGCCUGCCAUCGCUGGCACCACUCAUCCUGGAGCAUGGGUGAUUGCGGUGCUCCCUGUCUCCCUGUCUCCCUGCCAGCCACUUCCACACUGUCUGUUCCCUCAGCAAGCCAGGUUAUCCAGCUGGGAAAGCCCUGGGAGUGUGUGCUGUGGGGCCCAGGAGUGGGGACUUGAGGUCAAGAUGAGCCAGGAUGUGUGACAAGUAGAGCUAGGGCUUGUGGGCUGUGGAGUGAAGGCCUCCCUCCUUCCAGGGAAGAUCCCCAGAUACAUGAGUGCGUCAGUUUGCUUCCUGCCUGCCCGCCUGCCACCCAGUCAGGUGUCCUGGUGCCUAGAGGCCAGUGUGGGUAUUGGUAUGAAUAGGGCUAAGGAAGAAAAGAAGAGGCUGAGAAUCGAGGGGGCCCACAACGUGGCCUGCAGCUGAUGGGGAUGCAGAUGAGGAAGGGAGCAGGCCCAACUCUAGAGUCUCCCUCCCUGGAUUUUGCAGAGGAGCUGUUGGCCAGAGGAAGUGGAGGGGCCGUGGGAUGCAGAGAGCCGAGGGCUAACUCUGGGACAGCGGAACAGAGAGAGCUGCCGACGAUCAGACGGUUGAGGAGCCCUCACCUCCCAGGAUGACCAGCGCAGCCCCUGCUAAGAAACCGUACCGUAAGGCCCCACCUGAGCAUCGGGAGUUGCGGCUGGAGGUUCCUGGAUCCCGGCUGGAGCAGGAGGAGCCCCUGACCGAUGCAGAGAGGAUGAAGCUGUUGCAGCAGGAGAACGAGGAGCUCCGCCGGCGCCUGGCCUCAGCCACCAGGCGCACCGAGGCCCUGGAGCGCGAGCUGGAGAUCGGGCAGGACUGCUUGGAGCUGGAGCUGGGCCAGAGCCGCGAGGAGCUGGACAAAUUUAAGGACAAGUUCCGCAGGCUUCAGAACAGCUACACGGCUUCCCAGAGGACCAACCAGGAGCUGGAGGACAAGCUGCACACACUGAUCAAGAAAGCGGAGAUGGACAGGAAGACGCUGGACUGGGAGAUCGUGGAGCUGACCAACAAGCUGCUGGACGCCAAGAACACCAUCAACAAGCUGGAGGAGCUCAAUGAGCGGUACCGGCUGGACUGCAACCUGGCUGUGCAGCUCCUCAAGUGCAACAAGUCCCACUUCCGCAACCACAAGUUCGCCGAUCUGCCCUGUGAGCUACAGGACAUGGUUCGGAAACAUCUGCACAGUGGUCAAGAGGCUGCCAGCCCGGGCCCCGCCCCUAGCCUGAUGCCAGGGGCUGUGGUACCCACCUCGGUCAUUGCCCGGGUGUUAGAGAAGCCAGAGUCUCUACUGCUCAACUCAGCCCAGUCAGGCAGUGCCGGGCGCCCCUUGGCCGAGGAUGUCUUUGUGCACGUGGACAUGAGUGGGGGGGGCCCGGGUGACCCAGCCAGUCCCCCAGCCCCUGGCAGCCCCACCUCACAACCCAAUGGGGAAUGCCGCUCCCUGGGCACUGCUGGGGGCUCCCCAGAGGAGGAGUUGCCCCUGCCAGCCUUUGAGAAGCUGAGCCCCUACCCCACCCCAUCUCCACCACACCCGCUGUAUCCUGGCCGCAAGGUAAUCGAGUUCUCUGAGGAUAAGGUGCGAAUCCCCCGCAACAGCCCCCUGCCCAACUGCACUUACGCCACCCGCCAGGCCAUUUCCCUGAGCCUGGUGGAGGAGGGCGGUGAGCGGGCCCGCCCCAGCCCAGUGCCCAGCAGCCCUGCCUCAGCCCAGACCUCCCCCCGCCACGAGCCCAGCCCUGUCCCCCCAGCACUCAGUGCCCCGGCCAGUUCUGCCAGCUCUGAGGAGGACCUGCUAGCCAGCUGGCAGCGGGCAUUUGUGGACCGCACUCCACCCCCAGCCGCCGUGGCCCAGCGCACAGCCUUUGGACGUGAUGCCCUCCCUGACCUGCAGCGCCACUUUGCUCUUAGCCCCGCUGACAGAGAUGAGGAGGUUCUGGCGCCUUCUUCCCCACCUGGCGAGAGUGGGCUUUUGCUGCCAACAGAAGCUGAUUCUGGCCUUCCCAGGGAGGAGGAAGAAGAGCUGAACCUGCCCAUCAGCCCUGAGGAAGAACGCCAGAGUCUGCUGCCCGGUGAUAAUGGCACAGAUCAGGGGCCUGUCACUUCUCACACUGACGGCAGGGCCUGGGCACUCCCCAGCUCCAGCCGCCCCCAGCGCAGCCCCAAGAGGAUGGGGGUGCACCACCUUCACCGCAAGGACAGCCUGACCCAGGCCCAAGAGCAGGGCAACCUGCUCAACUAGCCCCCCCCCCCCCCCCGUCGCCCUCCUGCCCCUUCUGCUCUGCUCCCUGUGCAGUGGUGUCAGGUGGGCCAUGCCAGGCCUUGUAGCUGCGCUGCCUGUGACUGGCACCAGCUUGUCUCAUGGCUUUUCCCUUUUCUUGGAGUAUUUAUUCCCCAAGGGUAACAUGCAGCUGGGGCCUAAGACCUUUCUUCCGGUUGGCCCAAGUUGGGCUGUUCUGGGCCACGGAGGGGUCUAUCGUAUCAGUGUUCAUCUUCCAUCCCCCUUUCGUACCCGCAAGUUUUAUUUUUUGUGGUUCCCCCCCCCCCCCCGGGGUCGGGAGGGGGACGUCGUCGGGGACGAUUAACCUCUAAUUUCUAUUUUCUGCCUGUUUUCCUCUCCCCUCAAGUCCUCUGCACGAGCUGUUGCCUUCAAGGGGCCCUUGGGGGAUGAGGGAGAGGACUCACUCAGGGCUCGCCUCAGCUGUGUCCAUCCUCCCUCUGGAAGGGAGGAGAGGGAGGGAUUCAGGGGCCUCAAGCUGGGCUCUAGGUGAGGCCUGGCCCCCUCCCGACCUUGGCUCUAGACUGUUACUCCCAGCUUUGGGAAGUUUUCACAUCGAUGACUAUUUUAAAAUUAAAACUAUUUUACUGA